AUUAAAGUACAUUUUAAAUUUUUAAUAUCUGUCCCAGUAAUGAGUAACACAGGCUCUAAUAUAAGUGUAUCUGGGUGAAACAUGUAGUUUUUAUUAACUGUCAUAAACCUGUGGAGUCAUACGGUCAUAUAUUAUAUUAUUAUUAUUAUAGAGACCCAGCUGACGUGGUUUUGUUUUGCUCCAUCUGGAGGGGGCGGAGCGUCCACAGUGACGUCACACCCUCCCGUCUCUCCCUCGCCCUCUCCGCCUCUCCGUCUCGUCCAGUGUCUCGAAGCCGAGAACAGAGCACCAUCGAGCGGUCCGACUGGCUGGCAACCGAGGAGCUCCCACGGCAGUCAUGGCGGCGCCGUUAGCCCACUUCGACGAGGACUGGCAGGAUUUCAACGAGUUCAAGCCGGCCUCGGCGUCGGCCGACCAGCUGGACCAGCUCAACUCCAACGUGGGCGAUCCGUCGUCGGGCCUAGACGAUUUCUCAGACCUGGACAACAGUUUCUCCGGGGAGAUCUGCAGCUUCAAAUCCAUGGAGGACCUCGUCCACGACUUCGACGAGAAGCUGACAGUGUGUUUCCGAAACUACAACACCACGACGGAGAACAUUGCCCCCAUUAAACCCAUCACAGAGGACAACUACUUGAAAGACGACGAGGUCUGGAACGCUCUGACAGAUAAUUAUGGCAACGUGAUGGCUGUGGACUGGAAGACAUCGCACACUCGCUCCCUACACCUGCCCACCCUCAACAUCACAGAGCAUGAGAAGUUGGAUAACCAGUCUCUGGAUCUGUCUGACGAUGAGGAGCUCAGGGAGCAGAUGGAUAUGCACUCGAUCAUCGUGUCCUGCAUCAACGAUGAGCCGCUCUUCACAGCCGAGCAGGUGAUAGAGGAGAUAGAGGAGAUGAUGCAGGAGUCUCCAGACCCAGAGGACGACGAGAGCCCCUCGCAGUCUGACCUGUCCAUGCUCUCUCAGGACCUCCACACCCUGAAACGCUCCAGCUCCAACACCAGCUACGAGGACCGGCUGCGUCAGCUGUCUGUGUCCGAGCUGACCGAGACUCUGGAGGAAGUGGAAACGGCAAUUCGCCGCUACAGUGAAGAGCUGAUCCAGGCUCUGGCCCUGCGAGACGAACUGGACUAUGAGAAGGAGGUGAAGAACAGCUUCAUCUCGCUGUUGAUCGACGUGCAGAACAGACAGAAGGAGCACCGCGAGCUGCUGAGGAAGAAGAAGAAAAUCAGAAGUACGACGACAACCGGGCCCAACGGCCAGAGGACAGCCAGCACGCACAUACCAGGCACGCUCCUCACUCUGGAGGGACUCUCCAAUGUCAUUCAAAAUGGCCUCCGUCAAACUUUUGGCAACACUGGAGGGGACAAACAGUACUUGACCACAGUAAUCCCAUAUGAGAAGAAAGCCGGCUCCCCGGCAGUAGAAGACCUCCAGAUUCUCACAAAGAUCCUCCACGCCAUGAGGGACGACAGUGAGAAGGUACCCGCUCUGCUAACAGACUACAUUCUCAAAGGUAAACACGCAGCACAUCCUCAGUCAGUUUUAACUGCUUCCUGUGAGUGGGGUAGAAAUCUGAGUCAGUCAUAUUAAGUUCGCUCAUUGCAGUAAUGAAAAGUGUUCCAAUAGUCUUUUUCCAUAGACUGUAUAUAAAGAUGGACGACACGUCUUCACUUUCUCCCACUAUUCAAAAAUGAAGCCAAAAUAUUCUGUCAUUUGGAGCCAGAGUCAGGACAGUAGCGAUCUCCAUGGUAUUGAGUUCCAGCCCAUACACCUGUCCAACCAAUCAUGAGCAAAGCCAUUGAUAGCAAGCACACUGAUUGGCACGUUCAGCCGUCAAUAAUGACUUCCUGUUCAUAGCAUCAAAUAAAUAGUUAUACCCAAAUUUAUCAGAAAAACGAACACUUGAACAAACACCAGUCUGAUAGAAACUACCUUCAAUGACAGAUGCCGUAUAUUGCAGCCAGCUACCUGGGAGCGAUUGAGGUGUUUUGGCUUCACUGUCAUGUCGUCUGUCUUUGUUAUACAGUCUGUGAUUUAGAGGUGUGUGUCAGGGGCAGGUGACUUUUGUUUGUGUCUGUUCCACCUGACAUUCAGACAUCCUGCCCCCUGUUGUUUAAAAUAAGAGAUGCAAAAUUCACUUCUCCAUUUUCAGGGAAGCUGACAGUAGAAAAAAAAGAUGCCACAUAGAAAAGUAGCACUCAGCACAAACAUUAAUUAAAGGGAGGGGAGAAAUGCUUUCCUUGCCACCCUUCACUGUUGACCUGUACCUUCCUUGUCUUUCGUCUGUGCUGCAUUGUCCUCUGGGUAGCUCUGGUAUGAGAGCAGUGGAAACUUGAGGUUUGUGAGGCACUGACACAUUAACACAGAUUCUUCACCUUCAGCCUUCUCUUCAGAGCCCUGUCAAACGCCCUGCUCUCUUUCUCACCUCUUUGUAGUUUCACUUUCUUUCCCCCCUCAAAGCAGCAGCCUUCCCUCACUCACUCUUCGCUGUAGUGCCUCUCGUGCUGUGCGGUGCUUGUGGCUGCACUACACUUACCCUGAAACACAUUAAUACACCCAUGCAUAUAACUCCCCUUUUCUGCGAGCUUGUAGUAGCAGCUGUUCUCGUGUCUGCUUCUCACUUGUUUCUUCUCUUUACUCACCCCACAUUUUUCCCCGUGGUAGUCACUCUUCCAUAGUUUCACAGCUCUCCUUAAUGUGCCACAGCGGGUAUCAAAGCAGCACUGAUCAUACUCUGAUUUUAUCUUGUCUCCGCAGUGCUUUGUCCCACGUAGAGCCAAAGGCUAGGCUCCUGUUUCCAGAACCAGUCGUCGGACCAUCAGAAGAAAGUUCUGGUAAUCUGGAAGAACCCAGACAAUGGAUUCAAAAAUCUUCCUUCCUCGUCAUUUUUCAACAUAGACUUUCUUUCCUUGUGGCUUUUUUUUUACUCUGCCACUGUUGUUGUUCCUAAGAUUUUAACUCUAGCUAUAACUCCUCAGUCUGUAUAGUUCUUUUCAUAUGUAGUGUUUUAACUUUUUAAUGCCUGAGUGCUACAACCCUGUAUAUCCUGACUGCAUGAUGACUCGUCUAUGGAUGCCGGUAAUCAGUAUUAGUCCGAACACCUCACUUCCUGAUUGGCUCUCGAAUGGAGAAGUGUCAGGUGUGUUUUUUUUUUUAAUUCCACAGGCUUUAUCAGCAGCAGGCCUGUGAGAGAGACGCAGUCUGUUUUGUAAAUCGAAUGCAUUUGCAUCCGCGUAGUUCAUGCCUGACGGGGAAAACAAAUCCUGGCAGAAUCUGUGAAUAUCUAAGUGCCAGGCUUGUCGUGGUGUCGAGCGUAAAUCCUGUUUGUCCUGUAUGGAAACCUUCGCUUUAACGGCAUUAGUUGAAUGAUUGCGUUUAAUAUUUCGGGGUUGAUAACUCUGCUUGCUAAGGAUCAAAGAGCAAACCCUUUAAUUUUACAAUCCAAAAUCAAGAUCCACCCGUCUCUGCAUGUUGAUUUUGGGUUUAUGCUCGGUUUUGGCUGUUAGAUGAAUGUUCAGAAUGAAAUAUUUUGUAUACGAUUAAGAGAAAUUGCACAGUUUGGGGAACUUUUUACUUUUUGAAAAAGGGAAAAGAAAACAUGAAACGACUUGAGAAAGUACACGCUGGAUGAACAAACAUGUAAAGCAUAUUUUUGGAGAUGGAAUAGUUUUUAGUGAGAUUAGAAACUUGCCAGUAGCCACCUUUUUGUGACCACGUUGCUACACCAUUUUGUAAAUGCUGUCCAUUGACCUCUGAGCCCUCGAGUAGUGACCGCCACCCCCAACAACUUUAUCACGUCCCCAGGAGUCGUCAUUACAUGAGUCUGAAAAUACCUCGUAUAACAUUAUUGCAUUAGUAGAAAAUGACGGAACUGGUCGUAUCAUUAAGAUAAAUAGUGUAGAUUGAGAUUAUGUUAGCUUUGAUAAAUGUGUAGUUAAGCUUCUGUUACAACCUGUGGGGUUUUAUCUAUCUGUUAACCCUUUAACUGUUGUGUAAAGUUUGUGGUAGCGCUUUAGUCUGUCAGUGAUCUGGUCAUGUAGUAGAGGAAUAUGUGGUGGAUGUACUUAAGAGUACGUACCACUAGAUUAGUGUUAAAUGAGGCUUAGAAGCUUUAGCUAGUGGUGCCAAAACACGUCAACAUGAGGAUUUGUUGUCAUCCAUCUAUUUACCUUAUGAGACAUAUGAGAACUUAAACAACCUUAAAGGGGUGCUCCACUGAUUUUACACAUCUCAAUUUAGACGUCAUACAGAGGACUACUCAACUACUCAGCCCUGCAAUAUUAUGUUUUGUGACACUGAAUGGAUUCUCUUAAAGCACUGUAUCAAUUUUUACUUAAUAAUUUACGUGCAAAGAGUUGCGGCAGUGGUUCAUUUUUAUGUUCUGAUCUUCAACGAUUUGACUCUUAUAUUUCAACAUAACAACGUAGCACUUGUGUAAAAACAAAUAACGGGCCAGUGAAACAGGCAGCAUCAUAAAGGACGAACUGCAAGCUCCUAAAAUUAGAUUUAAAAAAAAAGCUGUGUACCACCCAUAGCAAUAUGUUGAAUCGUUUAACGGUUAAAGGUAGAGAAUGUUUUUGACAGGUUAUGCAUUUCGGUAUAUAGUUUAAUUUAGCAGUUUUUCAGUUUACUUUCUUGUGCACCACCCAGGACUGUUGGUAGCUAGCUAGUGGGGCAGCUCAUUUGACGAUUACCGCUAGUAAUGCCUUCCUGACCCAAGAGCAUUACUGUGGAAACAUUGCACCCACCCUUCAGUUUCCCCCAAGGUCGCCCUGUUGAUUAACAACGGUACAUUGUUAACUAUGUUAUCACUGUUUAGCUCCGUUAGCACCAUUAGCUGUGUUAGCAGAGCUAGUGGUGCUAGCUUAGUUAACAGUGCUAAAGGAGGUUUGCAGCUCAAAAAGAAGCCACGUAUUCACCAGAGUGACCUGGGAGGAGACCAAAGGGUGGCAACCAUGUUUCUGCAGCAGUGCACAGGAUAGCGUUACCAGCGGUGCCACUAGCUAGCUCCCACCAGACCCAGGUUAUGCCCAGUUCAGUGCAGCCAUGGCUAGCUAACAGUAGAGACCAAACGGUCGGUAGUGGGCACUGUGUUUCUACAUGUUAAUGCAGCUAGCCAGCUGUCAGUCAACAAAGCCAAAAGAAAAGAAAAGGCAAAACAUUUAUAAAACAAAACAUUUCUCCACCUCUAAAUGGAUAGCACUUGUGGCCCUAACCCUCUCUGGGUCAGUGGAGUGUUGGACUAAAAGUAAAGGUCUUUUGUAUUUCAAGUUUUUAUCUUAGAAAUUAACUGGUUAGUUACCGAUUACUGGGUGUCUGGCUAAAGCAAAAUUAACCAGAACCGACUUCCCUACCUUGUAUCAUAUCAUAUGUAUUUUAUCACCGGAUUGUGAAUACACUCCUAAAACAGUUGUUUAAUGUCGUCUGUAGUUCCGGAGAGAUUUUGUCAAAGAUGAGGAAGUAACCCUAAGGAUGUCACAGGGGUCAUCUUGGCCUGACUACAAAUUUAUAGCAGAAAGCUUAUGUUACAAACUCAAGGCAUUGAGUUUAAAAGAUGUGUUUGUUCACCCAAAUGAAAAUACUCUAUUGAGUUGCAUUAUGGGAAUUGUAGGACCCAGUGUUUUUGGAGCUAAAACUCAGGUAGCUCAGCCUGUUGUUUUUUUUUUUUUUAAUGUGUCCUUUGCAAGUCUCCCAACACAUCAUUGCAAUGCAAUAUGAAAUCACUGUAGCACCCCUUUAAAAAAGCGUACCACCAAUCUAACACUGCAUAUCUGUUGGUACACUGAUGUUCAGAUCACCAGCGACUACAGGUGCACCACACACUGUCGGAUCAGGUCUAGUCUAGCUCUCAGGUACGAUCAUCAGUGUUUCAAAAUCUCUUUCUGAAAGGUACUGACAUUCCUGAGUCUUUGUAUGUUUCUGGAAAUUUUUUAUCAGCUAGACUCGCUGCACUUUUCACAAAUUUCUCUAAAUACCUUGACGAGCCAGUGGAGGUCAUCACGGCAGCCUCUUGUACUAAACCAGGGUAGCAUUACAGAUGUUGAUUACACCGUGAUUUGUUGAAACACAAGUUAAUGCUUUAAGGCCUAGACUCCGCUUAGUAGUAACAGUAGUAGGUGUAGCUAGCAGUUAAACAGCACAGUAGCAUCCGCUUGGUGUAGCAGUCUAGUGACGAUAGCGUAGAUGCAGUUGUAACAUCCAGCGACAAACUUUAAUGUGAGAAAGUGAAACUUGUACGAAGGAAUUUAAUUUCACGGGUUAAACAUAAGCAUGUUUUUGGUGCAUGUGGCCAGAAGAAAAGGACAUAGGAAGAUGACAAGGGGUGUGAUAAAGUUAAUGGAUGUUGGGGAAGAUUGCACAAAGUUUCUUAAAUUUAAGGGGUCUGUUUUAUUCUUUUGUAAAGGAAGACAGAAGCUUGUAGUGCUAUAUUUAACUAUUUAUAUGUAACUGUUGUUUCUACUGCUGCCAGCUUGCAAACAUUCACAAUCUAGCAUGUGCUACAUGCACUUUACUGCUGCAAACAUUUCUAAUAAUGAUCAAUUUGUUUACAGACGUAUAAAUAUCACACUAAAGGGACAUGUGCAUGUUGCAGUGGAAUGCAGAAGAACUUAAAUAAGCAUUAAAUUAACCUGUUAAGAAGUUAUCAAAAAGGGUUAAACAUCAAAUGGCUUGUGGCCAUUUAAAGGAAAAAAAAAUUCCUAAAUUGAUCCUAAUCUUACAAAAGCUUAAAUAAAAUCUGUUUAGUUUUAUAAUGAAAUGGCAGUCAGCAUGGAAGGAUUCGGAUCUCGUCUCAGGCCAGAGCUCCUUAUCUGGUCUCUUGUUAGCAGACAUAUCAGUGUAACUACAAUUUAGAGAUUUAUAUUUAUACACAUACAACAAGACAAGCAACAGAAGAAGAGGUUGCCUUUGUAAAUGCCUGAAAAUUUUUGUACAUUAAACCGACUCCUUUUUGUUUUUAAUGCGAUAUAAUUCCCCAGUUUGGGGUUUUAUGUUUACUGUCUCAUGUGGUACUGCAGUAUAUUAAUUUAUUAUGUAAAUGUUCAGUUUUGUAACCAUAUUAUUGACUGUCAUGGUACAAGUGUUUGUGCCCACAUUGCAUUGCAACUCAUUUCAAAUAAAUUAAUAUGUGAAGACUUUUA